CAUGACGUAGUAACACGUGGAAAUGUAUAUAGAUCAUUACUAGAAUGCUACCCUUUGUUUCUGAUUGACAAUAUGCUUGAAAAAUGAGUUCGCUGGCUGGCCUAAAUCUGAUCAUAUAUAAAACAUAAUUAAGGCAGCAGCUGGAGACAGUUCCACUGACCUCUUCCCAAAAUGAAGUUGAUUCUUCUGGCUAUUUUGAUUGCCUAUCUAGGAGUUACAGAGUCUCAGAACUGCACUACCACGUGCAGACCUGCCGUCGAAUAUCUGUGCGGAAGAACGCUGCGAAAUGGCAGGAUGAUCUAUUGCACCUACAGAAAUCCUUGCGAGAUGUAUCUUCACGCCUGUCAGAAACGGGAAGAGUGGAAGAAACAUUUGACAGGUCGAUGCCCACGCGAUUCGGAGGAGUGCAGACUUUAGGGUGAAAAUAUACC